AUGGGAGAACUUCCUGAAGCAGUGGCUUAUUUUAAAGCUUCCGAAGCCCCUGUUUCUUUGAACACCGACGAUCAUCCGGCCCAGGGUGGCGAUCGAUCGGCUAGUACCUCUCACAACGUGGCUAUCGUGCCCGUGGUCCCAUCUCCGAAUCCGGUUCGCUGGAUUCAAGAUUCCAAUCAGGCCCGCCCUGCGCCAGCCUGGGAGGAAAGCCAUUCUGGUCAUGUGAAAAGGAAAAUGGAUUAUCGUCGGUCUUGCUCGAUCCCAACUAACAAGGAUGGGGUGGGGAUAAUGGACGAGGCGAAAAACAUACAGGUUCAUUUGAUCAAGAGCGUGCAUUGGCUAGGUCCCAACAGGCCGAGAAGUUUCAAGAUUUGGAACCGAUCCAAGACUCAUGCAGUACUCUAUACCCUAGAGCAUUCCGUUACUAAGCAAGUCGUUUGGGAAAGACAACUCCGUCCCGAACAAGUGGAGGAGAUCAUGGUCCCUUUCGAGAAGGGAGAGGUAUAUUUCUGGGCUCUGGUGGGUCCCAAGAUGCCCGGAGUCACGGAGAGCUCAGACGGCCGAAAAUUUAUCGCCAGUGACAGUGGGGAACAUCGACCUGGCCGGCUCAACCUUCGAAAAGCUUGA